AUGCAAAACCCACCAACUACACAUUGCCGUAGCGUAAGACAAGUUCUCCAUGUCCUACAGAAAAAGUACCAAUGGCUUGAAAGAGAUGCUCGUGUGUUCUUUCUUGCAGGUAAGUGGCAGCAAGACUUAUUGAAUUGGAUCACAACUAGAUCUGAUGGAAGAGAAAAAAAUUCUGGAGCACGAUACAAGACUUCUCAAAAUGUGUCCAAGAAAGUUUUGGGUAAUUGGGUUCAUAUUAACGAUAAGAUUAGUUCUAAAGCGAAUUUUCUUAAGCAAGUAGUUGGCAUCCAGGAAAGCGACACACCACCUGAUCCUUUGUUCUAUGUAUUCGCCGAUGCAAAUCAAAGUGCACCUUUUCAAAUACAUAACGUUCAUAACAAUCUUUGUACGCUUCCAAUGACCACAUCAGAGGCAGCAUCGUAUAUUCGACAACAAGUAAGAGGUGCGAAAAGUACUGACUCCACCGCGUUGUCAAUUUACAAUGAACCAAGAGUUAUUACUAGUAUUAUUCAGAAUAAAGUACAUAAUUAUCCAUCACUAGAUGCUUCUUAUGCUCCUUUAUUGGAUCGUCAUUCUGCAGAUCUUCUUGCAGUGGAUUUCGCCUUGGAGUUGCCGUUUGAAAACCCAUCCAGGUAUUUAAAUGAGAUUGUAGAGGUGCGACAGGGUGCCUUUGAUGCCGUUACACUUAGUAGCCAUCUCCUCAAACCUUCAGGUACAUUAUUGUUGCGACUUCCUUCGUAUGUAAAAGGGGGCAACAACUGUAUUAUUCGGGCACUUUUGCAUCACAUGCGAUGGGGCUUUCAGGUAUCUGUAUGUGAGUUUAGUGGGGAUCAUAUUUACUGUAUGGGGUGCAGGAUAGCCACCGAACAUCCUAUAUCUCAGGUGCGCGGAGACCGUUUUCCAGGAUAUUUUAAAAAAUUUGAACGCCGACCUAAGAAGUGGAACCCCCGUACAACAAAUGCUCAAGGUUACUUUGCUUCUCAAAUGCCGAGCUUUACAAACGCACCGCUCGUAAAGGAGCCACUCUGUCACGCAAUUAAGGAAGAAAUGGAAGCUACUAAAAAGGAUGAGGAGAAGGCAAAUAAAUUCUUUAACUUAUCUGUUUCAAUGGUUGAGAGAGGUUUGUACCAUAGCAAACGGGAUGACUAG